AUGGCCGAUCCACUAUCUAUUGGGGCCAGUGUCCUGGCAUUUAUUGGCCUCGCCGACCGCAUUAUUCACACAUGCAAGUACUACAUUGAGGCUAUUGAAGAUGCACCGAAAGACAUCCAAAUGAUAUUGGGCGAGGUAACCUCUCUAAGAGCUAUCAUCGACAGCAUUGGCGAAUCAAGCGCGACAAGCCUCGUGCCAAAUCUUCACGAACAAAACGGACCUAUCAAGUCAUGUCACAGCUGUCUUGCUUCACUCGAGGCUCUUCUCCCACUGAAUAUGGGCCAAUCUCAGACAGGCAAGCGACGUAAGCUGACGUUGGUUGAUCUCGCGUGGCCUUUGAAGCAAUCAAAAGUCAGGAAGCUGUUGGCAGAGAUAUCGCACCAUAAGGCUACCUUAUUGCUGGCCAUGUCUGGUGACAUGAGUCGAGACCUAAAGGAAAUCAGAGCAGGGAUUGAAAAGUUACAAGGCACAAUCUCAGAGUCUGAGACUCGGGAGAUCAUCCGCUGGCUUGAGCGAACAAACCCAUCAUCUCUUCACAACAUAGCGUUCAGCAAACACGAGCCCCUGACAACUGCAUGGGUUACCAAUUCUUCCCAGUGGAAGAAUUGGGUGUCAUUAGAAUCUGAGACCAGACUCAUGUGGAUAUAUGGGCUCCCUGGUGCUGGAAAAACAGUUCUAGCAUCAUAUGUCAUCGAAGAGCUCGAGAAACUGUGCGAACCUGUCGACGGUAGUUUUUGUAGCUACUACUACUGUCACUACUCUCAUAAUCAGGACGAAGCAGUGCCAUUUUUGAGCUGGGUCAUUGGCCAGGUAUGUCGACAAAUUAGCUGGAUACCACCUGAGUUAAAACGACUUCAUGACCGUGGCUGCGAGCCUACAAGCACUGAUUUGGAGCGAAUUCUGGAAACAAUUUUGCAGAAGGUCGACAGUCUCUUUGUCGUCAUCGACGCGGUUGAUGAGAGCACUCCUCGAGAGGAGCUCCUGUCGAUCAUUGAGAUACUGACAGUCGAUAAGCGGUUUGAAAAGAUCAGGAUACUGGCAACCAGCCGGCAAUACUUUGACAUAGAACAGUCUUUGGGUGGGAUAUCAGAAAGUAUAUCAAUGUCAAACACAAUGGUAGACGCUGAUAUUCGACGGUUUGUACACGCUCGACUAAGGUCAAGCCAUCGGUUAAAGCGAUGGCACGAACGAUUUGACGAGAUUGAGGGCAUUCUGGCCGCUAUGGCACAGGGAAUGUUUCGGUGGGCUGAAUGUCAAAUUCAAGCCAUAGAGCGACUUCGCGACCAUUCGAAACUCCCGCAACUCCUAUCCAACCUCCCCAAAGAUCUGAGCGAAACUUACGUCAGGAUCUUCGAAGCGAUACCUGAAGACGAUAGACCGCUAUUUUGUAGUAUCCUCACUUGGAUCAUAGGCCAUUCUCAAGCCGAUUGGAUGUAUCACGUUGGCGUGAAUGCGAAUAUGCUGCUUUCCGCAGUGACAUAUGAGCAUUUCGGGUCUGAAGCCAAAGGCCAGAAGUCUAUCAUUGACCUCGAGUAUCUAAAAGAGAUAUGCGGUUGCCUCAUCACGGUUCGGUAUGUUCCUGGGGAUAUCUUCGAUAACUGGGUUGGCGAAUCUCCGAGAUUACAGACUAGAGAAGCUACUGACGGUGAGGAUCUCUACGUCUCUCUCGCUCACUACACAGUACUGGAGUUUCUGGUAUCACCGCACGUCUUACAACCAAAUUUCCCAUUCUUCACCAUGUCCCUCGAGCUAGUUCGCUUGGAAUUCGCAAAGAGUGUUCUGAGACAAGCCCUAGCGGCUGAUCCAAAGGGGACAAACACUGAUUGGAUUCACGACCGUGAAGCAUAUUGCCUCACCCUUGGCUGUGCCUUAGAUAUGCAUGAGAUAUCAGCAGAUUCCGAUCUUCAAGACCUCUUCUUGCGGUACAUAAAUCCCUGUGCCCCGCACUAUGCGCGCUUCGAAGCUAUCCAGUCCCAGAUUGUCCAAAGUGAUGACGACUCUCGAUGUUACUUCUUGAGACACAUCCCGGCUCGCGUCGAAUGGGCUACUACGGAGAAUGAGAUUGGCAGAUUAGGUGUAGCGCUGAUGAAUAUUCUUUUGCUUCAGCAUCAGUCGAUUCAAAGGGAGCUUAUGCCGUUGAUCAGAAGACUACUUUCUGGGAGACAACUACAUGAGCUUCUGAAUGCCACAGUGACAGCUACUUUUCUUGAUGAAGCUGAUGAAGAAGAUGAAAACGGGAACCAGUUAUAUGUAUUGCAUGGAAUGGUCUGGGAGAUAGUAAAGUGGCGGCAUAUCUUUCUUGACGAUGAGGAGCUUUCUGAGUCUUUAGAUAUGUUAUGGCGCCAUUUGGGGUAA